AUGAGACUAAACUACGCGGCUGCAUCGAGUACAUGCAAAACUAGUGAAUCUGAGAUACACAUUGAAGAAGCUGAAAUCUAUACACCCCUUCAGCGGGUGGAUCAUCUAUCUCGAUUUAGUCUUGGUCUCCGUCUUUCAAAUGAACAUCGGUGGCUUAAAUUCACUUUGGAGCCAAACGAUAAUAUUAUCGCAGAUAACACUCAGUUAAGCUAUGUGGAUAAUGGCAACUGCAUCGGAGUUUGCAGAAACAUGGAGCGAUCUGCCGUAAUGGCAUUUAAAGGGUCAGUUUGGGUCCAAGGGACUGGCAAAUGCUGGGAUAAGGUUGGCUGGGCCAGAAUCUGUAUAAGAAAAGACGGCCCUGACCCGUUAUUUGAGGGUACUUAUAGCAAACAAAAAUCUAUCUACGACAUUCAAAUACGGCCCGCCGAGAUGAACAACACACACCAAUGGGAUUUGAGAAGGACAAUUAGCAACACUACUGGAUGCCCAAAUUCGAGGAUGGUGGCUUCAGUAGGAAUUGCGACAGAUUGCUCCUACACAGCCUCGUUCGAUUCCACGGAUGCCGUGAUACAUAACGUCAUCAGAAUGAUAAACAGUGCCUCGGAAGUUUUCGAAAGCUCGUUCAACAUAACCCUUAGUCUAGGGGCUUUAGUAGUCGGCGAGAGAUGCCAGGACCUGACACCGGAUCCAAGGACUUGGAACAUUCCAUGCAGUAAUGGAAGCCUUUCCCAUAGACUGGAUUUAUUCUCCCGUUGGCGCGCCUCACGGAGAGAUAACCACGCCUUCUGGACCUUGAUGACAGGUUGUUCUGGGGCAGGGAUAGGGCUAGCUUGGAUGGCACAGCUAUGCAAUACGAAUUUUGACCAACACUGUGGCACGGGAGCUAAUGUCGUGGCCCGUACAGGCGUGGAAUGGCCAGUUUUCGCGUAA